AUGAAUAAGUCAAAAAUGAAAGAUAUGAAAGAGGAAGUGGUAAGAUUUUCCUUCUUGAAGGAAGGAGAAUUUUACAUCUUGAUAAUAACUAGAGAAAAAACUGGGAAACUUAUCUAUUCUUCAUUAUACACUAACAAAGCCUAUCUAAUUAAAGAAGCCAAAUCAGAUUUCAAAAAACUUUCUAAGAAAAAUGGUAUCAGAUAUGUAAUGGAACCUUCCUCCCCUGAUGAUAAGUUAAUGAAGUUGCUUCAUGAGAAGUUUAUACGGUUAGUAGAUGCCCGUAAACGGGGUGAGGAUACUAUUGACGAUCUUGACAUGCCCUAUGAGUAUAUAUUUGGAACUCAAUUCCAAAGAGCCGCCUGGGAUGGAAUGCUCCAAGUUAACAUAGGGCAUACUAUCACGUACGGGGAACUUUCUACUCGAUUGGGAAUGGGAACAAAGGGUGCAAGAGCCAUUAGAUCCGCAUGCAACCAAAAUAAAAUUCCCUUGUUUGUUCCAUGUCAUCGAAUAAUGGGCAAGUCAGGGGAAAUGACAGGGUUCCGAUGGGGGAUUCCGAUAAAGAAGGUGUUAUUGAUGAGAGAACAAGAAGCUUUCGAAAAGACAUUUAAGACUGAAGAUAUAAAACUGGAGCUAAAUUUAUAA